AUGGAGUUCCAACCCAACGAAGACUCCAUCACCAGCGAGUCGGCACCGCUCAUCGCGCCGGUCGAUGCCGACGGCGACCUGGACCUCUUCAUGGUCCCCCUCAAACGCCCAUCCCCCCGUCUAUCCCCCGCCCGCUACCGCAACGUCAAGCCGCGAUCCCCUCCUCGCAGUCCAGCCCGGCUCCGAAAGCACGCCACCCUCGACAGCUCACCGCAGUUUGGCUCGCCCAUGUCCGGAUUCACCAUCAAGCCCGACAGCCCGCCGAUGUUCACCUCCCCGCUGAUGUCGCCCGAGUCUGGUGCCGGCGUGAUGGGGAUUGAUGGUGUUUUGAAUCUGCACAGCGCCAUGGGCACGCCGGGGGGGUCGAUGCUGUAUAAUUCCCCCCCAAUGUCUGGGAGUCCGCCCAUGUCCGGGCAGAACACCAAGGCCGGGUCGUCACCCGUGAUGUCGACCGAGGCCGGGUCGGCCAAGCACAGUCCGCAGCCGGAGUCCGGGGGUGAUCACACUGUUACGCAUGGGACUACCACGGCUACUCGGUCUACGGGAGCCGAUGAGAAGCCUAACCCCACCAGCAGCGCCCACAACAGCCGACAAAUCAACCCAAGCCCCCCCCGUGCCCCCUCUCUCCCUCGCCCGCUCCAAAACCACCCCCCCCCCCCCCCCCCCUGCCCCCCCCCCCCCCCCCCCCCCCCCCCCCCCCCCCCCAACAACCCCAACAACCUCGCCAACCCUAACUACCGGGACGCCGCCACCUGGACGGUCCCGGACUCACCGCUCGAACGCCUCUCCCAACUCCGCGCGACGCCAGAUUCCGCCUAUGAUCGAGCCCGGCAGAUGGAGGUUCGUCGAUCGGAGUGGAAACAUGUAGUCUACAGAUUUCCGGUGAAGGGGGCGGAGCACUGGGUGAUUGAUGCGGAUUUGACGGAGAGUUCGCAUGCGCGGUUGGCGGAUGUGGCGAAGAGGUCCAGUGAGGGGUUUGAGUGGAAUGGGGAUUAUGAGUUGGCGAAUAUUUAUCGGGUGUUGAGUGUCGCGCAUACGAGGGUUAUGGAGGAGAUGAGGGGGGAGAGGAGGGCUGCUGCGGCGGCGGGGAGGUAG